AUGAAUGGCGUUGAUUUACCUCCUAGCCCUCCUUCUCUUCCAAUCAUCGGUCAUCUCCACCAUCUUCUCUUCUUUUUCUUACACCACAAGUCUUUCCAACUCCACAAGUCUUUCCAUACACUCUCUUCCAAGUAUGGACCUCUCCUCCAUCUCCAAUUCUUUUUCUUUCCUGCCAUCCUAGUCUCUUCAGUCCCUCUAGCCUACGAGAUCUUCACGACCCACGACGUGAACAUUUCAUCUCGAAACCUCCCUACGAAGGAAGGGUACCUCCUUUUCGAUACUUCUGGAUUUGUUACCGCACCUUACGGAGAAUACUUUAAGUUCAUGAAGAAACUCACUGUUACAAAUCUGUUUGGACCCCAAGCAUUAGAGCAUUCACGAAGCAUCCGCGCAGAUGAGCUUAAGAGGUUAUACAAGAACCUGGUCGAUAAGGCGAAGAAGAAAGAGAGCGUUGAGAUUAAGAAGGAAGCGAUGAAGCUCAUAGGAAAUAUCAUUUGCAAGAUGAGCUUCGGAAAGAGUUUUACAAAGGAUCACGGCGAGACAGAGAGUUUCCAAGGUUUGUUUGCCAAGUCAAGUGGUUCCAAGAAGAAGAUGGUUUUGGAAAUCUUGUUGUUCAGACAGCUAGAUAAGCUUGGAAUUUCAUUUUUCAAAAAGGGUGUACCAGGUGUUUACAAAAAAUUCGACGAGCUGCUAGAGAAGAUUCUAUUGGAACACAAAGAGAAACCUAACAUGAAUGGAGACACGGAUAUGAUGGACGUGUUGUUGGCAGUUUAUGAAGACGAAAACGCAGAUUACAAGAUCACUAUGAACCACAUCAAGGCGUUUUUCGUGGAGCUUAUUUUUGGAGGCCUUGAUACCAACGUGAACACAAUACAAUGGACAAUGGCCGAGAUCAUUGACAAACCGAUUAUCAUGGAGAGACUGAGAGAAGAAAUUGAUUCCAUUGUAGGGAAAUCAAGAUUGAUUCAAGAAACGGAUCUACCAAACCUCCCUUCCUUGCAAGCUGUCAUCAAGGAAGCACUAAGAUUACACCCUCCAGCCCCUCUCGUACUAAGGGAAAUUCAACAAGGAUGUAAGAUAGGAGGGUUUUUCGUACCGGAGAAAACUAAACUUAUAAUUAACCUUUAUGCUGUAAUGAGAGAUCCAAACUUCUGGGAAGACCCUCUUGAGUUCAAGCCAGAGAGGUUUCUAACUUCUUCAAGAUCAGGGCAAGAAGAUGUGAGAAAUGAGCAAGCAAUGAAGUAUCUUCCUUUUAGCGGUGGAAGGAGAGGAUGUCCUGCAUCAAAACUAAGUUAUAUGAUAUUAGGAACAGCAAUAGGUAUGAUGGUGCAGUGCUUUGAGUGGAGAAUCCAAGGAGAGAAGGUCAACAUGGAUGACUCCUAUAAAGGAUUCAACAAAACCAUGGCUCAUCCUCUUACGUUGACUCCUGUUUCUCGAGUAUCCAACCUUGACUUGAUUACUUCAGUGAAUAUACUGACAUAA